AUGAAUUAUUUUGAGGAUUUGGGUCGGAAACAGAAGGAAGACGAUGAUGGCUACAGCGACGAUUCAUUUGAGGGCAACACUUUCAUCGAGCGUAAAAGAAUUGAUGCUGGUAGUCCCGCGAUCUGCAGUGACGAGGAAUUCUACUCUGAUGACAACCUGGUGGAGUGUGAUGGAGAGGACGUGGAGUGCAAACUUCUUCGGCCAUCUACAGAUAUGGACAGUGUUUUCGCUGGCAGUUCUCCAGUGGUGGUCCAACCAGGAGUGUCGUGCAAUGUUCUCACAUGCAACAAUACAGCAGUAAGCAACAACACAGUCGGACGGAAGACUACCAAGGGUUCUCGACUCUUGGAGACAUUCCUCUCCAACAGCAGGGAGAUAUUGCUUGUCGACGAGCCGCAUGUGGAUACGACGGGUCGCAAAGGAACCGUAGAAUUGACUUUGUCUCUUCUUAACAACGGAGUUUCACACAACCUUCGCUUGUGCGCUCUCAAGUUUCCUACGGAUUUUUCAAAUGGCAACAUCUUAAAUUCAGGUGGUGUAAAGAAUUAUAUUGCUUCAAGUUUGACUGAGGCCAAAUGCCGGCAAAACUGUAGCAUCAUUUCCGACCUGGACAAAUGCGAUUUGUGUACCGGUUAUCUGUACAACUACAAUUGCCUAGAGCGAGAUGAAUGUCUACAUCAGAUUCAUAAUUGCGACUCCAAUGCUGCGUGUACCAACACGGCUAGGUCCUACAACUGCACGUGUAACUCUGGGUUUUCAGGUGACGGCAGAUCCUGCGUAUGCAAUUGCUUGAAUCACGGUCAGUGUACUGAAGAUGGCACCUGCAACUGCCAGAAAGGAUUCCACGGAGACAAGUGUCAGCAUAACAUUGAUGAAUGUUUGCCGGCUAGCCCAUGCCAUGUGGAUGCUAUCUGCAUUGAUAAUGAGGGCGGAUACAUGUGUCUGUGCAAGUCAGGUUACCACGGAAAUGGAACUCAAUGUCAAGCUGUGUGCACAAAUCCCUGGGUGAAAAAGAACAAAGCAUGUGAAUGUAAACCGAGACCAGACGGACCCAUCUGCACAGAAGGUAAGGGCUAA